AUGUUUUUACCUGAUUGUCGAGAUAGACCAAAUGGUAAUUAUGUUGAUCAAUAUCGAUCGAAUUGUCAAUAUCAUUAUACAUGUCUUGGUAGUCGAACAUUUAAUUAUACAUCAUGCGAAAUUGGUUUUCGUUUUUCUGUUCAACAUCAAAAAUGUUUACCUGCUAAACAAAUUCGACAAAAACUUCUUAUUUCAUCAAUAUUAAUUGAAAAAUUCCAAGAAAUGAUUUCAGACAUCGGUACAGAAUAUUUUACUCAUAUUGAACUUGAUUAUCUUGAAGAAAUAAAACUUAUUGAUAUUGAUGUAUUUGUACUUUUACUUAAAUAA